AUGACUCUUAAACUUCAUAUUAACAUAACAUCCUACAAUAAAGUUAGGGGUCGUUUGAUUUGCACUUACCCAGUCUGCAACAGCUUCAUCGACGAUUCCCUCCGGCUUCCGGCGAACCUCCUGCGCCGACGAAGUGACAGCUCCGGCGCCGACGAAGUAACAGCCCCGGUGAGGAGAUCGACUUCAGCUUCCGGCGAACCUCCUGUCCGGCGAAGUAACAGCUCCGGCGAAGUAACAGCCCCUGUGAGCAGAUCGACUGUAGAUAUGGCAGACAAAAGAAUUAGGAAUGGGAAGCGGAAGCGAAGUUGA